CUCACCUAUGUAAAUUUCAAAAAUUCGAAAAAUCAAAACCUAAAACCUAAAACCCACUAUUUAAAUCUGAAAAUCAUGAGUGGAGGAUUGGCUCCUAGUAAAAGUACUGUUUAUAUUUCAAAUUUACCCUUCGAUCUGAAGAACAAUGACAUUCAUAAACUCUUUGAGAAAUAUGGAAAAAUUGUGAAAGUUACAGUGAUGAAAGAAAAAGGUACCAGAAGAAGCAAGGGUGUUGCAUUUAUAUUAUACUUGAAACAAGAAGAUGCCAAAAAGUGUGUUGAGGAAACAAACAUGAAAGAAAUGUUUGGUCGAACAUUGAAAGUCAGCAUUGCAAAAGAUAAUGGCAGAACAACAGAAUUCAUCAGAAGGAAGGAAUAUCCGAAUAAAUCUCAAUGCUAUGAAUGUGGAGAAUAUGGUCACUUGAGCUACAAAUGUGAAAAAAACUUGCUUGGCAUUCGUGAACCUCCCCCAAAGAAAAUUAGAAAAAGAAAGAGAAAGGAAGCAUCAGGUUCCACAAAACUAACUAAAGAACAGAAGGAGUUCUUUGAUAGUGAUGAAGACAAUAAAUUGUCUGAUGGGUCUGAGGUAGAACAAGUAGAAGACUUUGAAACAUUGAGUGCUGCAAUAGCAUUUGAGCAAGAAAAGCAAGAGCUAGAAGAGUACAGAUAUAAGGUAGCAAGUGGAAGUUAUAAUGAUGAAGCUGUUAUAGAAAAUCCAAGAAAGAAAUUUAAGAAAAGUGACUAUUUCAGUGAUGAGGAAGAAAGUGAUUGAAAAAAUUAGGUUGUCAUACCUGGUUAUACCUUGGACUCGACCUUGGAACUGUAAAAAUCAUUGAGACCAUUUUUGAAUGGAAAAUACUUUGAUCAAAAUGUAUGGGUAGUUUUUGUGACUACCUGAAUUGACAUGAGUAUCAGUAUAUGAUCUAUGAAUAUAUAUUUAAUAAAUAAAAUGUGAAUGUAAUCAAAUAAAUUAACAAACAUGUCAAAAGGCACUUUGAAAAAAAUCAAAUCAAAGUUCAAACUAAAAUCAGUCAUCAUCCUCAUCAGGCUUCUUAAUGACUCCCCACUUCUCAGCCUCCAGCAAGGCAUUGUUAGCCACCUCCACAAUCUGUUUCUUCUCCUCAUCACCAGAAAAUUUCGACAAGGCCAUCAAAAUCUCCAUGACGUCAGUCUCCAUGAGCUUCUCAGUGAGCUCCUUGGAAGCACCCACAAUAUUGCUGACCACACAAACCCCCCGAAACUGCAUGCUAACAACCGGGUUCGCCAGCAAAUAAUGCAUUGCUUCCAGCCAAUUUUUAGACCCGAAAACCUUCUCACAACAAUUUUUACUAGCCCCAGUUAGGAUAGCCAGCAUUCCAGCUGCAGCCAUGGCAGUGUCUUUGUCCUCGUCCAGACACAGCGAAACUGCUAGCUUCACCCUAUCAUUCUCUCCUUCAAACAACCUAAUGACAUCCUCGGAUUGCGUCAUGUUGCACAUGCACUGCGUAGCAGCCCUACAGAGAUACUCAUGGUUCUCGAACAUGUAGUGUUCUAUCUUGGAGAAGCCGCCCUCUUUGAGUAUGCGCUGUCUGGCGGUCUCGUUCAUCUGCGCAAUGUUGCACAAGGCCAUCAAGGCCUCGAAGUUCUCCAAAGCUGAACACUCUGGAUGCAAAUUAGCUACAAGAGGUCUGAUGAUCUCCAGCGCCCGCUGUCCAGGAAAAGCCACCUCAGGAUUGAUGGUGAUGCCUAUCCUGGAUAGGGCUUGAGCGGCUUGUCUUUUGCCUUUGUCGGUGCCGUUCAAGGCCAUUGCAGUAAGGGCUUUAACGCCUCCCUGAGCCACCACUAUGCCUCUGAGCUCUGGCUCGCUACAUAAAGCGUUGAAAACUCUGGAAAUGAGUUCUCUGGAGUGAUUGCUUUCCGAUUUAGCUAGAGCUACCAGGGCUGUGGUCACGUUGGCGUUACCUAGGGCUAGUACGCGUUUGGUAACAAAGUCCGGAUCAUCCAGCUCGUGUUCUUCCGGUAUGUGUUGCUUAGCGAACUUGGCUAGCUCGAUCAUCUCCGGUAUGACUUCUUGCUUCUCGUAUGCGUUGCACAAGUUGACAAGAGUUGUGGCUACGCCGAAAAGCGCUGAUUGGUCUCCGCUUUUCGCUAGUUCUAUCAAAGCUUGCAGGGCAGCCUUGUCCUCGAUCAUUUUCUCCUUGACUUCUGCGUCCAAGGUCAAGUAGGAUAAGCCUUCGGCAGCCCAUUUGCGCAGGUCUGUAUCCUUGCCGGGUUGCAGCAAGAAUCGUCUGCAAGCUUCAGCCAGCUUGAGGGUGGAGCCUUCUGCAAAGGGUCGCGAAGCAGAAUCGCUGCCUCCCGAGCUGCCCAAUUUGCAGAGCCCCACCAGGGCUCUGAUGCGGAUGUGGUCGUUCUUUGAUUUGUAAAGUUGCUUCAAAACGUUGACUCCUUGGCUGAUGAUGGCUUUUGCUUUGUCAGCUUUGCUGGCGGCUGCUAUUAUGCACUCGCAAGCGACUUUUUGCUGUAGCUCAUCUUCCGUGUUUGCCAUUACCAGUAUCAUUUCCAUGAUGCCUUCUCUCCCUAGUAUGGAGUUGCCCACAUCAAACGGGCCACGAAGUAGAGCUGUCAGAGCCACUGUUAUGCGCACUUUGGAUUCGAUAUCAGGUGUUAGUAGCUUGUCUUUCAUAAAAUUGUUGAUGCGGUCCAUGAAUGUCUCUUUCAAGGCAUCAUGGUACAUAUUAUCAUAUACUCUCGCCAAACAUACUGCUGCUAUGGUUCUGGUACUAGGAGUAAUAUUCAUAGCACUCUCAUACUUAUAUUCUUCCAGCUCACUGGCACAUUCCAUGAGUUUCUCGACUCCGCCUUUCUCUAGGAGUUGCUCUGACCAGUUGAGUUGAUUGUAGUGUAUGUUUCUUAUCAAAAGUCCUAUUAUGGCGUCCCUGGCAAGACCUGAUAUCAAUCUGUUGUUGAUGGAGCAGACCAGGCAAGUGAGGAGGGUGUCUAUGAGUUUUUUGUUCUUGUCAAUCAACUCCUGAUUUGGUUUGGUGUCUGGUUUGUUUUCCAUUCCGGAAAGUGCAUUUAGGAUGCUUUGCAUGCAAUGUUCACCAGCGUUUACUCGUUUUGCAUCUACGGAAUCGAUUAUUUCUAGAAACCAGGGCACACCAACUUCUUUCAAGACUAUCUUAGUUCUUUCCUCAUUGUGUUUACAGAGUUCCCCAAUCACUCGAAUACCAGAAAGAAAAAUAUCUUGAUUUUUUUCUACUUUCAUCAGUUUCUUGAUUUGCUGAACAAGUGUCGAUUUCACCAUCAAUUGCGCCCCAGAAUUAUCUCUCGCUAAUACCAGCAAGUUUUUCAUGGCAGUCUCACGUUUUUCUGUGGACUCUGCCAAAUCAAAAGCAAUUUUUAUCAUACUUUCCAACUUGUUGCUGGUCUGUGCAUUUUGCCUUGCCCUUUCUUGUACUAUAUUGUAUAACCUGGCGAGUACAGGUUGUAUAGGUUUAUUGGUAGGAUCGUCUUUGAAUAUUUGGGUUGCAUCCCUGUAAGCUUCUUCAUACCGUUUCAAAGCUUCCAGGGCUUGGCAUCUUCUGAAUAGGGCUUUAGGGUCCAUCGGAGCAAUUUGGAGACUCUUAUCGCAAUCCUCCAGAGCAGCAUCGUAGUUUUCUUGUUUCAGGUAUGCUGCUGCUCGGUUUUUGUAGUAUAUCGAUAGGUUUCGUGAAUCUGUCUCAGCAAAUUUGAUAGCGUCUGUAUAAAGUCGGAUAGCUUCAGCCCACUUGCCAUCUUUGAAGAAAUUGUUGCCCUCCUCUUUGAAUUGUUCUGCUCUGAUUUCGUCGCACAUUUUUGGGGCCGAGAUUGAGGUUAUGAGUCGUUCAGGCAUCUCAUUUGAAAAAUAGAGGAAAAUGGUAAAUGGUACGUUUAUUUAUAAUAUAGAGAAGUGAAGAAUGAUCCAGUGUAUUCUCGAAAUAAAAAGAAACGUUCCUGAAAUCAUAUAUUUAGAAAUUAUAUUUUUAGAUUUUAUUAUUCGGUUUAAUACCCCGCAAGGCGGACAAUAUGCUUUAUGAAAGAAAAAUACAUCGUGAUUUUGUCAGUAUGCUCCUGUUAGUCCUGUUCGUCCAUAGAAAAAAUGGAAUUCACGAUACAAUUCUUAACAAAAUCAGAAAUUGGAGCAUAAUAUAUUAUGAAAAUGAUAAUAGAUUAACAGAAUAGAUUCCGC